AUGUUUUCCAAAACCCCAUUUUGCUUCAAAGACAUUUGCUUAAUACUCACCUUUUUCUCAUUCUUUUUUCUUUCUCUCAAUUACCAUCGUUCUACCUCCAUUUUCCAAAAAUUAACCUCAUUCUCCUCCACAAUCACAGCCGCCACCAACAAAAACUCUCCGACCACCGUUAACCACCUUGUUUUCUCAAUUGCUUCUUCCUCUAAAACCUUUUCCAAACGCAAAGAACUCCUCCCUCUAUGGUACAAGCCUAACUCAACGAAAGCUUAUGUAUUUUUAGACCACACUCCAUCGGAUAAUUCUCCAAAAAACAUCGAUCUUCCACAAAUUUUAAUUUACGAAAACACUUCUCGUUUCCCGUAUACCCAUCGUAAAGGGGCUCGUUAUGCCAUUGGCAUAACGUGCAUGAUAAAACAAGUGGUCGCACGUGACGAUCCUAACGUGCGAUGGUACAUUUUUGGAGAUGACGAUACAGUAUUUUUCGUGGAUAAUUUGGUGAAGACGCUAGAAAAAUAUGAUCAUAAUGAAUGGUAUUAUAUAGGGUCUAAUUCAGAGAGCUAUGCUCAAAAUGCUUAUUUUUCAUUUGAUAUGGCAUUUGGUGGUGGCGGAUAUGCGAUAAGUCGACCUUUGGCUAAAGCUUUAGCUGGGGUUUUGGAUUCUUGUUUGAUGCGGUACCCAAAUCUCUAUGGUAGUGAUGCUAGAAUUUUCUCUUGCUUGGCAGAACUUGGCGUAAGUUUAACACAUGAACCUGGUUUUCACCAAGAUGAUUUAUGGGGAAAUCUAUUUGGAUUGCUUUCAUCGCAUCCAUUAUCACCAUUACUAUCUCUUCAUCAUGUAGAAAGAAUGCACUCAAUUUUCCCCAACAUGACAAAAAUUCAAGCUCUGAAACAUUUAUUCAAAGCUGCUAAUGCUGAUCCUACAAGAAUAUCACAACAAACUAUAUGCUACGAUCGAAAAAAUUCACUAUCUGUUUCAAUAGCUUGGGGUUAUGCUAUACAAGUUUACGAGGGCAACAUUAAACUUCCUGAUCUUAUUACAGUGCUAAGGACAUUUGAACCAUGGGAUAAAGACAAGAAACGACCACAUUUUAUGUUUAGGACAAGGGUUGAGUCUAAUGAUCCAUGCAAGAAAAUGGUUGCCUUCUUAAAAAGUGUUGAUUCUUAUGGAAAUAAUGUUUGGACCAAUUAUACGAGGUAUAGAGUUGGGAAAACUUGUGCAAAAGAUGGCAAUAAAAUCAAGAAUUUGGAAGAGAUAAGAGUCUUCUCUCGCAAGUUGGAUGCUGAUACUAGACAG